AUGUCGGAAUCAGCAACGCUGCAAAGACGUUUAUCACGCAGACUUACGAAUACCAAAAUUGUCAAGGAACUUUCGAGCAUAGAAAAUGCUACAGUUGUUGAAAUGGAUCAUGGUGAACAAGCGCGUCGAGAAGGUCGCUUCGUUUUUGAAUGCUCUUGGGAAGUAGCUAACAAAGUUGGCGGAAUAUACACAGUAUUACGAACAAAAGCAUCGGUAACAACUGAAGAAUUAGGUGAUCAGUACUGCAUGUUGGGUCCAUAUAAGGAAGAACGAGUAAAAUUGGAAGUUGAAAUUUUACAACCUGACUCAUCAUCACUGAAAUAUGCUUUGGAUCAGUUACGAGAUCUUGGCUUUAAGGCUACUUAUGGUAGAUGGUUAAUUGAUGGCUAUCCAAAAGUAGUACUAUUUGAUAUAGUUUCAGCUGCUUGGAAACUUGAUCAGUGGAAACAAGAGUUAUGGGAUUCGUGUAAAAUCGGUAUACCAUAUCAUGAUAGCGAAUCGAAUGAUGCAGUUGUAUUGGGUUUCAUGGUUGCAAUAUUCAUUCAAAAGUAUUUGUAUGCAAUAGAAGGUUAUCAACCAUUAUGUGUAGCUCAUUUUCAUGAGUGGCAAGCUGGUAUUGGUCUUAUCUUGUCCAGUAAUACUUUAAAACAUAUAUUAGAACUAGCAAAUUGUUAUUUCAUACUAUGGAAAACGAAUGUUUCAACAAUUUUUACAACACAUGCUACCUUACUGGGAAGAUAUCUCUGUGCUUCCGGUGCAGACCUGUACAACAAUAUUGAUAAAUUUGAUGUUGAUCGCGAAGCAGGGAUACGCCAAAUUUAUCAUAGAUAUUGUAUUGAAAGAGCAGCGGCUAAUUUGGCGCAUAUUUUUACAACUGUAAGUGAAAUAACAGGUCUUGAGGCGACACAUUUAAUUAAAAGGAAGCCGGAUAUUUUAACGCCAAAUGGUUUGAAUGUGGUGAAAUUUGCAGCUUUACAUGAAUUUCAAAAUUUGCAUUCAGUUGCAAAAGAGAAAAUUCAUGAUUUUAUCCGUGGACAUUUUUAUGGACAUUAUGAUUUUAAUUUGGAUAAAACAAUUUAUUUAUUUACUGCCGGACGGUAUGAAUUUACAAAUAAAGGUGGCGAUUUUUUUAUUGAAGCAUUGGCAAGAUUAAAUUAUCUUCUAAAGACAUCAACUGAUGCAAAUUGUAAAGAUGUCACCGUGGUUGCAUUUAUUAUUUAUCCCGCAGCAGCAAAUUCAUUCAAUGUGGAAUCAUUAAAGGGACAAGCGGUAUGCAAGCAAUUACAUAAUACAAUAUCAAGAAUAAAAGAAAACUUAGCAUCAAGAAUGUUCGAAGCAUGCUUGAAAGGUCGUAUACCAGAUAUGGAGGAUUUACUACUUCCAGAUGAACGUAUCCAAUUAAAGCGUUGCAUACUAAGUGCAAAGCGUGAUAAUUUGCCUCCAAUAUGUACGCAUAAUAUGCUUGAUGAUGCUUGUGAUCCCGUAUUAAAUGCUUUCCGACGUACUCAACUUAUAAAUCAACCGUUUGAUCGCGUUAAAGUAAUAUUCCAUCCGGAAUUUCUAUCAUCUGUUUCACCCUUAAUGAAUUUGGAUUACGAAGAUUUUGUUCGCGGUUGUCACAUGGGUGUUUUUCCAAGUUACUAUGAACCAUGGGGUUAUACACCAGCUGAAUGUACGGUAAUGGGUGUUCCAUCAGUUACAACCAAUCUAUCCGGAUUUGGUUGUUUUAUUCAGGAGCAAGUGCAGGAUCCUCAUACAUUCGGGAUUUUUGUUAUUGAUCGCCGUUUUAAAGAACCUAAUGCAUCUAUUGAUGAACUUGCAAAAACUCUUUAUGAUUUUACAUUACUUUCUCGUCGUCAGCGUAUUAUUAUGCGAAAUCGAACGGAAAGAUUAAGCGAACUUAUAGAUUGGAAAACUCUUGGAACAUUUUAUCGUGAAGCACGACGAAAAGCACUGGAAGUUACGCAUCCAAAUUUCAUGCAAGUAAUCGAAGAAACUGUUAAAAAAAUGUCACGACCAACAUCAGCACCAUCAACACCGACUACAAGUCGAUCGGUGUCACCAUACGAUAGCGAUGAAUCAGACACCGCGGAACAAGAAGCAUUUGAAGCAAAAGCAUGGGCGGAAGCUAAUUAG